AUGGCCCCGAUCUGUCUCCGACUGUCGCCGCAACGGCCGCGGCGCAACGGCCUGAGGGGGGCGCUGCGUUCGGCCCCGCGCGCGCCCGGCGCGGCCCCGGCGCGGGCCGGACUCGGCGAGGACGAGCGGGGCCUGAGGCCCCGCUCGUCCUCGCCGAGUCCGGCCCGCGCCGGGGCCGCGCCGGGCGCGCGCGGGGCCGAACGCAGCGCCCCCCUCAGGCCGUUGCGCCGCGGCCGUUGCGGCGACAGUCGGAGACAGAUCGGUGCCAUGGAGGAGCUGCCGCUGCCCGCCGGAAUCAAUGCCAGCACCUUCCCCGCCAAGCUGUGGGGCCUGGUGAACAGCCCCCGCGUCCGCUCCGUGCGCUGGGACAGCCAGGCCCAGGGCUUGCUCAUCGACCGCUUCCUCUUCGAGCGGGAGCUGCUCAGCCCGGGCGGCGCCCACGGAGGGGGCGGCCAGGGGGCGGGGGCGGCCCCGGACUGCUUCAAAGCCACGCACUUUGGCAGUUUCGUGCGCCAGCUCAACUUGUACGGCUUCCAAAAGGUGCCGUCAUGGCUUGGCUCAGCUGUGCCGAGCGAUGCCGGGGCGUGGCUUCACUUUAUGAAUCCAAACUUCCGCCGCGAUCGCCCCGAGCUCCUGCUCCACAUCAAACGCCGGACCAGGGCCAACAGGCAGAGACUGGCCGCGGGGCUGGAGGUGCGUAGCCGCCAGCCCAGCCGCCUCCAGCGGCCCUCCACGGAGCGGUCGCUGCCUGCCUUCCCCACCGGGCAGCCGCCCAGAGCCGCUCCCUUGCGCCAGAAGCGCGAUGCUGCCUCACCUGAGGAUUCAGAGCUGCCUCCAGGCCCUUCCAAGAGAAGUGCAGGUGCUCAGGAGAGUGAGGCUUCCCCAGCAGCUGCCAAGAAAGUCUGUGCCACCUCUGGACUUGUUGGGGCUUCACCAGUGGAACCAUCAAGAGAGCUCAUCCAGAGAUUUAAUCUCCGCAAGCUCACGGUUCCGCUGGUUCGCCUGGACCUGAAACGCCAUCCUGAGCUCAUGGUUCACCUCACUCCAAUCCACCCUGAAGCUGCUUGCAGGCCCCUUGGACACAGCAACAGCUGCUCAUCUUCUCAGCAGCACAGCCCAGCCAGCGAGCCAUCAGCUCCUUCAUGCCAGAAGCACAGUGCUGCCUCACCUGAGGAUUCAGAGCUACCUGCAGGCCCUUCCAAGACAAGUCCAGAUCCUCAAGGGCGUGAAGCUUCCCCAGCACGUGCCAAGAAAGUGUUUGCUCCAUCUGCACCUGGGGUUUCAUCAGACAAGCCAGGCACACGCAAAUUUCAAUUCCAGCCAGAGCUCAUCACUCCACCAUUUCCUGCACACCAUCAAAGCACUUCUGUGGCCUCUCCAAAGAGCAGCAGCUGCACUUCUCCAGAGCAGCACUUGCCAGCCAACAUCCCAUCAGCCGCCCCGGGCACUUCAGUCCCCAGUGCUCCAGCUGGCAGUGCUGGUUAUGCAGCAUGGAGAGCCCCAAGCUGGGUAUGGAGUACUCCUGGGGAAGAGGAAUUGCCACCGCUGGAUCUGGACCUUGUUCUGGAGACACUGGAGGAGAUGCUUUCACCACCUCUGCCUGAAAGGUCUCCUUCUGCUCAGGUCAAUCCUAGUGUUGCCCGUGGCUCUUCAGGAGGGGAGGCUGUGAACAAGGCUGCAGCAGAGGGAGCUUUGCCUGCUUGCGGGAGCUGUGUGAACGUUUGCCAGGAGCCCGAGGAGCUUGAUAUCCAUCUGAUCUACCUUGCCAGAAGGGCUGCCCUGCGUGGGAAGAAGGAUCAGAGGGAGAGCCUGUGACCAUCGGGCAGGUGGCAUCCCUCUGUUUAUAGAUAUAGUUAGAGAUUUUUUAUCUUGAUUUAUUUAUUUAUUUUAUCUUGAUUUAUUUAUAUAGUUACAAGUAUAGAUUGAUAGAGUUGUAUAGUUGUAUUGAUACUUGUAUCUAUUUAUAUAUCUG